AUUAAAGAGGAGAGACAGAGGAGAGGAGAGGAGAGGAAGAAGGGAGGAUGAGGAGGAGGGGCCGAUGUUUGCUACUGAAAGCCUGUCUGAGAGUGUCUGGAUGCUCUCUGGAAUGUAACACCAAAACUGGGUGAGAAGCUCAUCGGUCCACUGACAGAAGGAGAUUUACAUUAAAAUGGACCAUCUGUCAGAUUAUUGCCUGAGGUUGACUUGUCUAAUUGAAGAAGAAUAAUAGGCUACUACUAAAAAGAAGGAGAACAUGCUGACUCUGCCUUUUGAUGAGCCGCCCUCCAACCAGACCGGCAGUCCCUUCAGGACCAGCUGGGCCGCCAACCAAUUAAUCAGAUCGGUUAAGCCAGAGCCUGGCAGAGCCCCGGAGGACACGUUUGAGUCCAGGAGAGGAAUUGGAGAGAGGGAUGACCGAGAGGAGGAGGAGAAGGAGAAGGAGGAGGAGGAAGAGGAAAAGGAACAAGGCGGUGGUCAGAGAAGAAGGGGUUCAUAUAAAAAGAAAGCAAGUCAGGCCCGGCUGGAGCGUGUCCGGCUGCGGCGCAUCGAGGCCAACGCACGGGAAAGGAACCGCAUGCACAGUCUGAACAACGCGCUGGACCGCCUGAGGAAAGUGGUUCCCUGCCACUCCAGGACACAGAAGCUGUCCAAAAUAGAGACGCUCCGCCUGGCCAGGAACUACAUCUGGGCCCUCGGCGAGAUCCUAAACACCGGGAAGAGACCGGACCUUCUCACGUUCGUCCAGACUCUGUGCAAGGGUCUCUCCCAGCCCACCACUAGCCUGGUGGCCAGCUGUCUGCAGCUCAACCCCCGCAGCUUCAUCUCAGAGCCAAGCGGGGAGUCCUUCCCCCUCUACCCAGCCUACCACCACCACCACCACGGGGCGGAGGCAGUGGGCUGCAGCUCGGUGGACAGCGGCAGGCCCCUGGGCUCCUUCUGCGGCCCCUACGAUUCUCUGUAUGACAGUCCCUCUCCCGACGGCUCCAGCCCUCUGGAUGCAGGGACCCUCAACCCAGCCGUCAACUUCGACGGAAUUUUCUCCCUGAAACGCGAGGAACCGGGGGACUACCGGAGCUGUCACUACGGCCUCCGUUACUGCUCCGUCAGCCAGGGCUCCUCCACAGACCUGGGCCCGUACGACGUCCGCCUCCGGGGUCAGUUCUACCAGGCGCAGGAGGAAUUGAACAAGCCUUUCACUUAUUAAUGAACUAUGUAUAUAGAGAUGUUGAUUAAAUUGGAAACCCCAAAUCAUCCCGCUGAUAUUUUGGGGGGCCACUUGGUAGGGCUGCACAAUAUAUAGUUGUAAUAUGCGCAAUAAACGCAUCGUGAAAGACUGCGACACAUCCAAAGACACUCAGAGAUUUUUUGGGUUAGUCGAAAGAAAAUUUCAAAUAUCAAUAUCAAUUCAAUUUGUUCAAUAAAAGAAAGCUGGAAAUGUUUCCUUUCAUUUGUUUUCAAAUCCAACAAGCAGUUUGUUGUAUUUUAUCAGAAUACUGAAAGAAGAACUGAGAAAACUUUAACAUCUGUUCAUGUAUCGCAAGUAAUAGUGUUAUCGCGAUGUCCAACAACGUUAUCGCAUAUUGCAUAUUUUCCUCAUAUCAUGCAGCCCUACCGCUUGGCUGCAGCCAUCUGAUGAAUGAUAAAUGAUAAAUUCAUCUAAACUGAAGGCUAAUUGUCUGGGGAGCAGCGUCUUUUGACGAGGAAUGCUGUGGUCUUGGAAGGAAAACGCACACACACACACACACACAGACACACACACACGCACAUUACCACGCACACACACACACACACACACACACACACACACAUGCAUAUGCCUACAUACACAAGCAGACACACAGGUCGACACAUGGCAGCCAUAUUUAGCAUUUUUGUUUGGUUUUGAUCUGUUUGGUUGUUUAGUUGACGCUGGUAUUUUUACUAUAACAGAAAAGAAGGCACAGGGAACUAUGCAAUCUGCAUUUCUCAUCAUUAUUAAUAAUGAUGUAAUUCAUUAUAGAAUAAUCAAUGGAUUUUUUUCCUUUUAAUUUUAUGAAAAGUAUUGAGUGAAACAUUCAAUGAAAAAAAGAAAAUAACUAAUACUGUAUAUGGUUUUAUAUGGGAAGCUGGAAUUCUUCCCGACUGUAGGCUAUGUAAGUGGAAUUGGACAGCCAUUAGGCCCACACUGAUUUAGAUAUUGGUGGUAAUAAUUUUCCCUUACACUCAGGCCUUACCAUGUUAAUAAGAAGAUUAUUUCACAAUUAAAUAAAGCAAAAUAAGUAUAACCACUGCAGCUAUUUAAAAUGAAUUGGAAUUUAUUCAGACUUAAUCUAUUGUCAAAUGAAAUGUGCAAACAUUGUUUGUUGUUUGUUUGGCCACAGUUGGGCCGAUAUAAGAAUGUGCCGCUGAAAUGUGAUGUGAUAUGGUUUUCCUCUCAUUAUUCGGCCCUCAGUGAGUGUAAGGGGGCUGCUGCUGUUUCUCUCUUCUUCUUUGUUUUUUUUUUUUUUGUUUUUUUUUACUGAAGAGCCUUAUUCUGAAAAUGCAUCACAAACAUGACUUAUGCAAAUGGGUUUGUAGGCUAACUCUUACAUUUUGGCCAAGAAGUGGAUUUCUUUUUUUUUUUGAGGGGGGGGGUGGUUCUAUUCUGGUGCACUAUACUUUUGCUUAAUUCAACUCUUUGUCACAGCUUUGUUACACAUGACAAAUAAAACACGAGUGAAAACAAGUGAUGAAAGUAUACGGCGUGUUCCUAAACUGUAUUCUUUGCACAUUUUAUUAAUUUAUUUAUUUUAUUUUGGAA